AGGGCCCCAAGAGCCCUCCCAAGAGGGCCCCAAGAGGCAAAAAAGCCGUAGCCACUUUGGCUCAACGUCGUCGUGUUCUCACAUCGCCACUGAACAUUCAUUACUACACCUCUUGGCCUUCGUCGACGCAACAAUGGUACACGGACUGAUCUUUGCGGUGGCAUCUGCGCUCGCUCACACUGUUGGCGCGGAUAUGCAGUUCCUGCAGACGUCUGUGCAUGGGCCGGACGGUUUCGAGGCCGCAGAGCUACGGACUGAAGACUCCACGGACCUGGCGUAUUACCUGGCAUUGGACAUUACGACCCAGAGCAACGAGUUUUUGUACAACGGCGCCGCAUGGGAGCAAACCGCCGCAUAUACAGAUCCCUCGGGAAACAGAUUGCUGGCUCCCUUCUUCAGUACCGAUGCUGUUGGCCUAAGAGUCGAGAUGAACGGACAGAGCCAUGACUUCUUUUUCGAGAACUCAGAUUUGGGUAAGUCCUUGCACACGCUUGUCACAGGGACGCCUGUGUUGCAAACCCCGUGUUCAGGUGUCAGUUCUAGUAAACCUUACGCUUACGCUAUGGUGCAAACCUCGACUGCGCAUUCGGACUUGUGGGGCGUUGUGGCCACUAACUCUGCCGAACCGCUUUAUUGUACUGAUGUUGACAGGUUGAGUUUCAACGCGUACCGGUUGAAUCUGCAAUUUCGUAUUGGAAUUCUGCGCGAUGAAGAAUCGUGUUGCUGUUGUCCUGGAUCAGCCGACGGUAUCGGGAUUCAUUCUGUGUCAAGUGGAGCACACGAGUGGCCAGGCACCCAGGUGUUCUACGCUUCCAGGGUAUACGUGAUCACACCAACCCCUGCGCCUACACCAGCACCAACUCCAGACCCUACGACGGCGUCGACGCCAGCACCAACGCCAGCACCGACGACGUCAUUGUCCUCCGCCACCGGCGAUCCACACUUGCAGAACAUGUUCGGUCAGCGGUUCGAUUUGGUGAGGCCAGGCAAAUUUGUCUUGGUCAGCGUUCCGCGCGGAACGCCCGUCGAGGAUGCGCUGCUUGUUGUAGAGGCCGACGCGCGUCGAUUGGGGACACACUGCUCGGACAUGUACUUCCAGGAGAUCAACGCCACAGGGACGUGGGCGAACAAGGUGCGGCCUGGAGGCCUUCACUUCGACGCUCACGACGCGCGUGACGAGACGCCGAAGUGGCUGAAACUCGGGCUUGUGGAGCUCAAAGUCGGCAGCGGUCAUACCGAUAAGGGGCAGCCUUAUCUGAACGUCUACGUCAAGAACCUUCAGCGCACUGGAUAUCGUGUCGGAGGGCUGCUGGGAGAGGAUGACCACACGGAGGCGGCGGCGCCUGAGGAAGGGUGCCAGAAGAUGUUGUCCCUCGAGGCGCGGUUGUAUGAUCAAGCUUCGCAUCUACAGGGCUCCGUCGCAAUUGGCUACUGAGCCGAGGGCUCCCGCCUCCGCGCGGGGCGGUCGAGCCCGCCCGCCCGUCCGCAACGGGUUGAUUGAUGUUCCCCGCCGACGUUUACGUCGUGGUGCAGUGGCCCACCAGUACCCUGCCUCUUUUGCCACUUUUGCAUCUUUAGUACGUUCUGCAGAGAGCAGAGCAGACCAGAUCCCGCACGGUCGCAGGGCCAGUCCUGCACAGGACACGGGAGGACACAAAAAUUAUCUUGGCGAAGGACCCGAC